UUUAUGCAUGCAGCCUAAAAGUGAUCAGAGGUUGUGCAAACUGGAAGGGAGGGAAGAAACCACCAGAGCCCAAAUGGGUGUGAAUCAACCACUGGGUGUUAUUCAUAGAAACUGCAUGGAGAACUCUUGCAAUAAGCUGAUGUUUGUCAUUCAGUAGUUGACAUGAGGAGUGUAUGAAACUACCACAAGAGAGACAGUACAGGGUAGCAUAAAAAUACCUUUAAACGCACACUGGGACCUGAAAGAUGUCAAAAAAAAAUCUGAAGAGAUGAACUUUCUGUUUGCAGCUAUGAUGUGUGUGCUGGAACAGGAAAUGAAUGCAGACAGAGGAGGCAGGCAAGCUGAAACUGGCACAAAGCACUAGCGUGUAUACACACCCACCCACAUACAAGCAUACAGACACACACACUGGCCCUGAGCAACAACUGUCAGAACUAGAACUUUGAGCUAUAGGUGGAACGACAAAGCGGUGGCGGCAAAAGACCGAAGCCUGUCUAAGACAUUAAGCGGAGUGAGUUUCUGAGAAAGGAAAAGAGAUUUAAAGACGAAGAAAAACAAGAGACGGAUCCUACAAAUGUAACUUGAGCAAGAAGAGAAGGAAACAAAGGUGUGGAGAAGAUGGUGCUCCGAUCCUGCCUGAGCAGGAGGGCCUUUCCUGAACCUUGAUUCCAGCUUGAUUCCCUUAAGGGGUGAAUGGGUGAGACGGGUAAGAUGACGUCCUUACACAGUCUGGGCCUGGUAUUGGUGGAGUUUGAAUAUGAAUACGAGGGACGGGAUGGUCACAUGGUGUCCAUUAAACCCAACGAGCGCUACAUCCUCCUAUCCAAAACAAAUGAUCAUUGGUGGCAUGUGUGCAAAGAUGAACAAGCCAAGCCAUUUUAUAUCCCUGCUAAAUAUGUAAAAGAGCUUCCACCCAACUUCCCUUCACCUCUAGACUUCAGAGAGCCUCCAGCCCCUGAUGUGAGGCUUGCAGUGCCUGACCUCACAGAGAUCCGCAAACCAGAUGAGGUGACAAUUAGAUUUCGCUCCAAAGGGAAUUACCACAAAACAGAAAACCGCAUGUCGACGUUUGGAGUUCCUUUGGAUUUACAUGAGCCCCCUUCUUACAAACAUGGCGGACCUUCAGAUUCUCUCAUCUCCCUAAACACUGUGUCUGCCUCAGAAUCAUCACAGCAGAAGAAAAGGGUGAAUCAUGCGACUAAUCUGCUGUUCGGCUCUCGCAAUGCUCCAGCUGAAACAGUGCCUGAAAAGUUUAGAGUUCCCAGCUUCAGCCCAGCCGACCCUCUCCAUAGACCUACCCCUGCCAAACCUGUGGAGCUCCCCGUCAUCAAGAACCUAAAUGAGACCAGGCCUCACAGGAAGUCUCCCGAGCUGGAACCCCCAAUAGAGCCUGAAAGUGAAAGUUCCAGUUCAGAACCACUGCCAUCACCAGACUCUGAGAAUAUUUAUGAAUCCAUAUCAGACCUGAAUCUAGACCUGUUGUCACUGACAGAUAAAGCACCUGCUGGAUUGCCAAACCCUCAGACCAACACUUCAUGCUCACCUCAAACAAUAAAGACUGAGAAUGACCCCACCACUGCAGUGUAUGCUAACGUUUCUGACCUGAAGAAGACCGUUCCUCGCUCUUCUAACUCCUCUGCCUCCACCUGCUCCUCACCCGGCAUCGCCCUCAGUCCCGCCCCAGAUACCGUCUCCCCACCCAAUUCGGCCGGAUGGCAGGUCCAUACUGACCACGACAGCGGAAAGGAUUACUACUACCACCCUGCCACAGGACAGAGCAGUUGGUCUGAUCCCCGUAGCCCCCACCCAGGAGCUGGUAUGGAGUCUGUGACCUCACCCAUGCCUGUGCCCACCCCAUCCUCAGCACACUCACUGGGCUCUGACUGGGUGCAGCUUUUGGAUGAGACCACUGGGAGACAUUAUUAUUAUAAUUACGCUUUGAAGCAAACCUCUUGGACUGCCCCGGAGCCAUCGCUACCUCCGUCCUCCACGGACGAGGCACACAGUCAUGGCAAGGAGGCAGAUUUCCCGCCACCUCUUCCAGAUGAGGACUACCCAACAAAUCUGUGUGAGGAUUCCCACAUUUUACUUCAACUCCCUAAGGAUUUUCAGUUGCCCCCAGUCAAGCGUGCCGUCAUCCCUAGGGCUGUUAUGGACCCACGUAAAGAUGCCCCUCUGGGCUGGACUCACUCUAUAGGGGCCGAUGGCAAAUCUGUCUACACAAGUGAUCUCACACAAGAAAAGUGGAUCCAGUCUAAGGAUGACAAAGGGAAGUUGUAUUACCACUUAAAAGAUGGGUCUAAAUGUCAGUGGACCCUUCCAGAGGCUUCAGUCCCGUCAGGUCAGCCGAUGAAUGGAAACGGAAUAGACCAAGAUGCUCAACCUGUUUUGAACAACUGGAGAUUCACAAUGGCCCAGUUCAACAUGUCUCAGGAAGACCUGAAAUUUUCCCCCUCACACAGGCGGAUCGCCUCUGACAACGCCAGUGAUGCAUCCAGCACAGGGAAUUCACCAGAAUCGCAGCAUUACGAUAAAAAGUUAAGACGGAGGAGAAACCUGUCCAGUCAAAGCACAGAUUCACAUUCUCAUCAUUCAACAAUGGAGAAGGCUGGGAUUCUCAACAAGACCAAAGUGGCUGAGAAUGGAAAGAGGCUGAGGAAGAACUGGGCGCAGUCGUGGACUGUUCUUCAUGAUGGCAUACUCACUUUCCACAAAGACCCAAAAUUUACACCUGCUGGGAUGUCUACCAAGUCCAAUCAGAUUGUCCCGGAGUACACAGUGGAACUGAAAGGAGCGACUUUAUCAUGGGCGUCUAAAGAAAAGUCGAGCAAGAAGAAUGUUUUAGAGCUCAAGACACGUCACGGCUCUGAGUAUCUGAUACAGUAUGACACAGACAGCAUCAUACAUGACUGGCACAAGAUCAUUUUGGACACCAUCAGACUGCUGCAGGACCAUGGCCAUUACUCAGAGGAUGAAGUGGAAGACAUCCCAGAAAAAUUGCCUGCAGAUAAAGAGAAGAAGACUGAAUCAACAAGACUGAGUUCCUCAAGUAACAUAGACAUAGAACAGGGCCGUGUCCGUACCAAGCUACGCAAGUUCCUCCAGAGGCGGCCCACCCUGCAGUCAGUCAAAGAGAAGGGCUACAUCAAAGAGAAUGUGUUUGGCUGCCACAUAGACACCCUCUGUCAUAGAGAAAACACAACCGUGCCCAAGUUUAUGGAAAAAUGCAUCAGAUCUGUUGAGAAAAGGGGUCUGAAAAUAGAUGGAAUCUACAGAGUGAGCGGGAACCUGGCUGUCAUCCAGAAGCUGCGAUAUAAAGCUGAUCAUGAAGAGGAUCUGGAUUUGGAGGAUGGGCAGUGGGAAGAGAUUCAUGUGAUCACAGGAGCUUUGAAGCUUUUCCUACGUGAACUUCCUGAGCCUCUUUUCCCCUUCAGCUUUUUUGAUAGGUUCAUCGCUGCCAUUCAAAUGAGUGACUACAGCCAGAAAGUGUCAUAUAUACGAGAUCUGGUGAGAAACUUGCCUUUGCCCAAUCACGACACCAUGGAGGUUCUCUUCAGACAUCUCCGAAAGGUUAUUGAGCACGGUGAGCAGAACCGCAUGUCUGUCCAAAGUAUGGCCAUCGUGUUCGGCCCAACAUUGCUGAGACCGCAGGAGGAGUCCAACAUCACCAUGCACAUGGUCUUUCAGAACCAGAUUGUGGAGCUCGUACUCAACGAGUUCAAUGAGCUCUUCAAAACCAAAUGAAAUUACCCAAUAAAAGGAAAGAGAAUACAACCAUCAGCACCAUCUUCUGAUGUUCCCAUCAUCUCUCCAGAGAAAUGAACUAGGUUACUGACUGAGUCGAUAUCAACUGUCCCAAUCAAUAUUUUUUUUAUUAGAACUAAUCAAAACAUCACAACAAAUAAGUGCCCUGUGAAACAUCAAGAGGAUCUGCAUUUUAAAACUUAAUGCAAUCUGUGUUUUUGGUACUGCUGAAAUCAAGAGAACAGAAAGCCAAAGGGAUCAUCAGUUGAUAUGAUCAAACCGAUCUUAUUAAGAAAGACAAAUUCUGAUUUGUCAAGGUUUUAUGUUUGAGAUGAAACAAUUGUGGAGUCCUCGGUAAGAAAUAACUUACAACAAUUGCUUUGAAGAUAUUAGACAAGCAGAGCACAUACUUGUACUUGUUACUGAAUAAUAUACUGUAUAUUAUUGCUACUCAUCCAAAAUGGUUCCUGUGGAACAAUGAAAUUUUUCCAUUAGCCAAACAAACAAGCUUUUUCCUGUGAGAUUUCUGUGCAGAUGUUGAAUGAACAAGCAAAGGUUCUCUACUAAGGUAUGGACAUUUGCUUGAUUUUUAAUUUUUCUCUGAACAAAGAUCUUGAUGAUGAAACCUGGGCUUUAAAGUGCUUAAUGACUAAUGUGGAAGAAGCACUAGGCCUAUGAAUCUUAUUGCUGAGGAGACUGAAAAAAAAAAGUGUUUUUUUGAUCAACUGUAUGAACUAACAUUUUUCACUGUCUUUAAUCUUUAAGAUCAAACAUUGUACUGACAGUACAAUGUACAGAAGUAUGAAAAUGAAUAUAAUGAAUAAUAGAACAUUAUGCAGUAAAGUAAAAUGUGGAUGUGCAUUGUGUGUUUGUGGAUGUAGACUAAAGCUGUACAUAUUUUACAUAUGUUUAUAAAAAAAAUAUGGUUAAAAAAAUAAUUGGCAAUUUCAUUACAUUACAGAGAUAAAUAUUCUGUAAAUAAAACACCAUAUUUAAUUUUAUGCAAAUAUGUGCAUAGUUGUUACACUGGUAAUUACAGAAAUCUAGGAAAUAUAUCAAGAUAUAAGAAAGAAAUGUUGUUUUUAGUAUUACAAGAGUGCAUAUAUACAAUAAUUAUUGUGCAAACCAGAUGAAAAAGAUGUACAUCAAUUUAAGAUAGUGAACAGAUAUUAUCACUGGACUAUAUAUCAAUGCAAUGUGAGAAAUUAUAAAUAAAUAUGGUGCCUUCAUUUUCA